AUGCCACCUAAGAAGAAGGUGCCUGCUGUCAGCGACGUCUCCCGGAAACCAGCUACAGAGAACGAUCUCCGCUUCUUCGAGUCGUACCUCCGCAACAUGAAGUCUCAGCCAGACGUGGCCUGGGACGACGUCGCCGCCGACAUGGGCCUAGCUCACGGCGGAUCCGCCCGUGAGCGCUUCCGACAGAUCAAGCAGAAGCUCGGCUGGGGCGUUGGUCCUGCAACGCCCAAGAAAAAGAAGAGGGCCACCGCCGCCGUUGAGGCCGAUGACAGUGAUGAUGUCCACAUCGCUGAGCCUACCCCCAAGAAGCAGAAAUCGACCAAGAGCACCGCUGCCGGUAGCAAGAAGGACAAUUUCAAGACCGAGGAUACCGAGGGCGCUGUCGAUCAGGACUGGGGUGGUCUUGCUUAA